GAUGAUCCAAAACAAAAACAGCCUUCCAAACAAAGCGCCCAAUCCUUCUGCUUAAUUCCAUCUUCAAUCAACACCAGUCAUCGUAGAUUCCAUAUCCUCACACUGUCAGUGCCAUGUGCCAUGCCAAUCCAAUCUUCCCCUGAAAACAUCCAUAUCUGAAUCCCAACCCAAACCCCAAAAAACCCAUCCUUUUUCCUCGGAAAUGGAGGGAAGUAUCCUCCCCAAUUGCCCACUCCAUCCCGCUGCCAUGAACAGACCAGCACGCCCAAACCCAACUCUGAAAUUCAGCCCCACCAUACUUCCACUGCCUCCUCAAUCCCAAACUCCACCCUCAUUUCCCCUGGAUUCUCUCCUACAACACCUCCUCAACCUCUCUGCCACACCAAACGCUCCCCGCUGGUCCAAACCUCAGAGCAAUAAUACCCAGAUGACUUCUCGGCAUAUUUCUGUUGAUUCUAGUCAAAAUCUUAAUCGACAAGCACAUCCCAGGAAACCCAGUUCGGUUUCAGUCUUGCAGUUGAACGGCAGUAAGGAGGACGGUCAGUUGGGAGAUGGGUCGUUUGAAUUUUUGUGGAGAAAAGGUAAGUUUAUGCUAGAUUCAAUCGUGGAACAGCCAUUGCAUAGCUUGAAUGAUUUCUUUGAUUCUAACAAGUUUAUGCUGCUUGAAGCUGAUAUAUUUAGUUUAUUGAAAGCAUUAGCUCAUUCGGGCAAUUGGGAAAGAGCCCUUUUAUUCUUUGAAUGGGUAGUGUUGAAUUUAAAGUCUUCUAAUGUCAAAAUAGACAAUCAGGUUGUUGAGCUAAUGGUUAGAAUUCUUGGGAGAGAAUCACAGCAUUCGAUUGCAUCCAAGCUGCUCGAUGUAAUUCCGCUUGAGGAUUAUUCUCUUGAUGUUCGAGCAUAUACGACUAUUCUUCAUGUGUAUUCUCGUACUGGCAAGUACAAAAGAGCAAUCUCUGUGUUUGAGAGAAUGAAUGAGACAGGGCUGUCUGCUACUUUAGUCACUUAUAAGGUCAUGCUUAAUGUUUAUGGGAAGAUGGGUCGCUCUUGGGAUAAAAUUUUAGGCCUACUGGAUGAAAUGAAGAGCAAUGGACUCAAAUUUGAUGAAUUUACUUGCAGUACUAUGAUAUUUACUUGUGGGAGAGAGGUUUUUGGUAAGGCAGGGAUUUAUUCAGAGGCCUUGAGCAUUUUGAAAGAGAUGGAGGAUAAUAACUGUCCUAUCGACUCUGUAACAUAUAAUGAGCUUGUGGCCGCCUAUGUGAAAGCUGGGUUUUACAAGGAAGGAGCAGCCCUGAUUGGGACAAUGAUGCACAAAGGAGUGAUGCCGAAUGCUGUUAUGUAUACAACUGUGAUCAAUGCCUAUGGGAAAGCAGGAGAGGAGGAUCGGGCUUUGAAAUUGUUUGACAAGAUGAAAGAGUCAGGAUGUGUCCCUAAUGUGUGCACUUACAAUGCUGUGCUUGGGAUGUUAGGGAAAAAGUCACGAUCAGAGGAGAUGAUGAAGAUACUUUGUGAUAUGAAAUCAAGUGGAUGUUCCCCUAACCGCAUUACAUGGAACACAUUGCUUUCCAUGUGUGGUAACAUGGGAAUGCACCAAUAUGUUAACCGAGUCUUUCAGGAAAUGAAGAGUUGCGGUUUUGAGCCUGGUAGAGACACAUUUAAUACUUUGAUUGGUGCUUAUGGUCGCUGUGGGUCAGAGAUUAAUGCUACAAGAAUGUAUGAGGAGAUGAUUGAAGUAGGUUUUGUGCCAUGUGCUACAACUUACAAUGCGCUUCUAAAUGCUUUGGCUAGAUGUGGUGACUGGAAAGUAGUAGAAUCUGUUAUUCUAGACAUGAAAAUUAAAGGCUUCAGACCUAAUGAAACCUCACACUCUUUGAUGCUUCAGUGUUAUGCAAAAGGAGGAAAUGUAAAAGGGAUAGAGAAGAUUGAGAAAGAAAUAUAUGGUGGUUCACUGGUGGGUAUGGAGAGGGCAUUUCAGGAAUUGCCUAGGAGGGUUUAUAAACCUGAUUUGGUUUUGUUCAAUUCAAUGCUUUUCAUUUUUGCCAAAAACAGCAUGUAUGAGAAGGCCCAUGAAACAUUUAACUUGAUUCGCUUCAGUGGGCUGCAACCUGAUCUGGUCACCUACAACAGCUUGAUGGACAUGUAUGCCAGAGUGGGAGAAUGUUGGAAAGCUGAGGAAAUUCUCAAAGGGCUACAGACAUCUGGUGGAAAUCCAGACCUUGUGUCUUACAAUACUGUCAUUAAAGGAUUUUGCAGGCAAAGGCAUAUGCAGGAGGACCUAAGAAUUCUAUCUGAAAUGACAACCAGAGGGAUCCGACCAUGUAUUUUUACUUACAAUACUUUUCUGGCAGGCUAUGCAGCACAGGGGAUGUUCAAAGAAAUAGAUGAAGUGAUCAACUACAUGAUUCAGCACAACUGCAGACCAAAUGAUCUUACGUACAAGAUUGUGGUGGAUAGUUAUUGUAAAGCAAGAAAAUACAAAGAAGCCAUGGACUUUCUUUCAAAGAUCAAGGAGAUGGAUAGCUUUUUUGAUGACCAGUCGAUACAAAGACUUGCUGUCCGCAUAAGAGAGAAACUAGAGUCAUGAAUUCUGAAGAUUCCUGUCAUUUUCCUUGCUUCUUGAAGAAAAUACCUGGGUCAAUCUUGGUGGAAUAUUUGACCAACUGACUGGCUUGUUCAUAUUUCUCCUCAAUCAAGUUACCAAUAGCCCGUUAUGUAUUUUAUUUGACUACAUUGGAUUCUCUACUAGAUUCAGAACUUAACAGAUCAAGAGUUUCAGCCAUUUGAAUCUUUAACAUUCAGAUAUCUUCAGAAUGAAGCCAAAGAUAGGCAUCCAUGGUCAUUGGUAACUCUGCAGUUCACUUAGUUGCUGCUGCUGCUUGCCAUUCUUCCUCCUAUGCACUAGCCCUCAGCUCGACUGAGACGCAGAUUGUUAGAAGCUUCAACCUUCUGAUCACUUUGUCAAGUUUAGCUGAAAUUUCAUGCCUCGUUGUCCUGUAGCAUAUAUUCUCUUACCAUUUUUUGCCACUGAAUUUGUAAAUCUGUUUAAUUCCUUGUACCUUCCUUUGAGUUGAAUAAAAUUAAAGCUACAAA